UGUUAACCUUAUCGGAUUCAUUGAGACACAAAAAUUUCAAUUGAAAUACCCCUUGAAUCUUGAAAAGUUCAAGCAAAUCCACAGUUGGUUCUUGAUCAAAAUGAGUAUCCAGGGGUUUAUUAGUACUCAGGGGAAUGAGUACUUUUCGAGUGAUUAUAGUUUAGGAGUUUCGAAAAAUUCAGCUCAGGAUUUAGUUGAUAAAGAGUUACAAUAUUCAUCAUACAUGGAAACUUGUUUGCCUGUUGUUAGUUCAUCUUCAAGUAGCAUAAUCAACUGUAUUGGUUCCCCUUCUUCAGCGUUUUUCGCUACAGAACGUUGCCUUGGGUUGACACAAUAUGAUAAUCAAUAUGAUACUUCUGAAUUGAUCAAGAAUUGUGAUGUUCAAAUGUCAUCAUUUGAUCCUCAACAAUGUAAAAAUGGAAUCUUGGAAGAUUCAUUAGCACAAGGUGAGGCAGAUUUUCGACACGAGAUUUCUCUGCCAUCAUUCAUCAGGACAGAAUUCUCAACUAGUCCAUUUUCUGAUGUAUCAGAAGCAGAGAAAGAGAGUUUGUUGCAUCUGAAAAAUGAGUUGCUGGGAGAAUUCGGUAGUUCAUAUCGAAGGCAUCCUUCGUUGCCUUUUGAUGGAAAUCAAGAUUGUUGUCUAUCUCAUGAUUUGUGUUGCUCUCAAUUGGCAAAUACGAGGCAGCAAUUCGCGAGUCCUUCAUUUACUUGUCAUAACUCUGCAUCUUCUGGAGUAUCUCAUAAGCCUAGUAAGACAAGAAUCAGAUGGAAUGAAGAUCUCCACGAUCGAUUUCUUGAGUGUGUAAAUCGCCUUGGAGGAGCUGACAAGGCUACGCCAAAGCAAAUACUAAAUCUGAUGGACUCAGAUUGCUUAACUCUUGAUCAUGUUAAAAGCCAUUUACAGAAAUAUCGGAAUGCAAAGCAUCCAGAAUCUGCAGGGAAAUCCGAAAAGAGAAACACCCCGGAUGCUAUGACAGAUAUAGAGAGCAAAACUGGAAGAGAAAUCAAGGAAGCACUGAAAAUGCAACUAGAAGUACAAAGGUGUCUUCAUGAGCAACUAGAGACACAACGAACGUUACAAAUGAGGAUCGAAGAACAAGCAAAGAAGUUGAAGAUGAUACUUGAUCAACAACAAAAAACAAACAGGACUCUAUUGGAGACGCGGAAUUCAAACAUUUCAUCUUCUGGUGUAGAAAUUUUGGUUGUAGAAGACACUGAUAAUUAGCUUGUCAAGCAACCUGUAAC